UAGCUGCCGGAAGUUGAAACUACCGGAAGAAGGAGCCGCCACAGAACCGGCAGAGGGAACGAAAGCGGCCGAAGCCUUCCUGCCCUGCCCUGUGCCGGGCCGAAGCGCUGCUGGGCCGCCAUGUCUAACAUGGAGAAACACCUGUUUAACUUGAAGUUUGCUGCAAAGGAACUCAACAGGAACUCAAAAAGAUGCGACAAAGAGGAAAAAGCUGAGAAAGCAAAGAUUAAGAAGGCCAUCCAGAAGGGGAACAUGGAAGUUGCACGAAUACAUGCAGAAAAUGCCAUCAGGCAGAAGAACCAAGCCAUUAAUUUCCUGCGCAUGAGUGCCAGGGUUGAUGCUGUGGCAGCAAGAGUUCAGACUGCAGUGACAAUGGGCAAGGUAACGAAGUCGAUGGCAGGGGUGGUGAAAUCCAUGGAUGCCACUCUGAAGAGCAUGAACCUGGAAAAGAUAUCUGCAUUAAUGGAUAAAUUUGAACAUCAGUUUGAAACACUAGAUGUGCAGACACAGCAGAUGGAGGACACCAUGAGCAACACUACAACACUAACAACACCACAAAACCAGGUGGAUAUGCUUCUACAGGAAAUGGCAGAUGAAGCAGGCCUUGAUCUGAACAUGGAACUACCUCAAGGGCAGACAGGUUCUGUUGGUACAAGCGUUGCCUCAGCAGAGCAGGAUGAGCUGUCACAGAGGCUGGCCCGCCUUCGUGAUCAAGUUUAAGUUAAGCAGAGCUGCAGCCCUGGCUGUGCUGUCAGAAUACUGAGGUUUCCCCCUGCACUCGAAAGGUGCGCGCAGUGCGGCGUAGGUGUUCCAAUAUUUGUAACGUAGGGUUCUUCACUCUGAGCUUCUCCUCUUUCUAAUACAUUCAGUAAUCCAGAAGUAUCAGCUCUCUCAUGUCUUUUUCUGUACAUUUUGAAGUUGAUAUAUUUUUGGCAAGCUUUUUUUCACUGAAUCAAGUUGAUAUCCUAAGUCAGCCAGUAACGCCGGAGCAUUCUAGCUGAAAGGAAAGCAGAGUGCUAUUGAUAAAUAUUUUAAAUUAUGAAGUGAUUUUUUUUUUUUAAAUUAUGAGAACUGUUUGUGGUUGGAGAACUGAUACAUUCAGUUCUGAUGAUUGUAGUAGCCAACUUUCUUAUAUAGCCAAGCUCCUGGAACCUUAGAGGUGGACAGUGUGGACUUCAUGCAAGUACACUUGUCAAAAUGAAAGAGUGGACUUUGGUCUGUGGUGGUUGUAAUAUGGUAAAGCUACAGUAAUUGUGCAGGUUCAGUUAAAAAUAAGUUACCAAAAGCUGUUUUCAUGUAAUUGGGAACUUGUACGGUUUGAUCACUUUAGUCCAGGAGGAAUAAAAUAUAUUUUUCAA